AUGAUGCAGCCAUCAAAUCAGGAACCAGAGGAAGAAAUGCAAGAUGCUUCAGCAGGAACUACUCGCCGUCGAACUGCACGAACUCGUAAAGUCAUGUCAAGUUCUAAAGAUAAAGUCACUAUGCCUUUGCGAAGACAAAGAACAGCAUCAAGUGCAUCAAAACGCGGACGAAGAACAUCUAGAAAGCGUACAGCAUCUCGUAAAUCAAACACUCGUGGACCUAGCCGAUCUCGAAGUCGCUCAAAAUCUCAAAGCACUCGCAAGCCAUCAGUUCCCCAACGUAAACGACGUGUCUAA